AUGUCGCUUANGAGUAGCAAUAAACGAAAACACAAAAAUUUGAUUCUGUCUUACCCUGUAGAGGAAGAAGAAGGGAGCAGGGCAGGCUCUGCUAAAGGAGGGAAGGGAGAGAAAAAGGACAAAAAGAAAGAAGAGAAAAAGGAUGAAAAGGGAAAAGAUAAAAACAAAAAACAAGCUAAUUCUUUGAAGGGUGCUGCUGGGAAAGGUGACCCAAAGAAAGGGAAAAAGAAAGGUGAGCCAGAGCAAGAAUUGCGCCACCUACCACCAGAAUACACCACACUGGCACGCUUCAUAGUACCAUUGGAAGAUUUCCUAGAGGGAGAGUUUGUGUUUGAGAAUGUCUACAUGAAAGAGAGCUCAGAUGCAGGGUCAAAGAGCCCAUCUAAUGCCUCAGAAACAAAGAAGGAUGGGAAAAAAGAUGGAAAAGGCAGAAAAGAUUCUGCCAAGAAGAAGGACAAGGAUGCUGGAAAAGCUACUAACAAGACAAAGAAGAGUCCCAGAGAUGGUGGCAAAAGCCCCAAAGGAAGAGACAAAGAAAAAGACGGAGACAAAAAAGAUGCUAAAGGAAAGGCAAAGGGGGACAAAGCAGAGAAAGGAAUAGGAGAUGAUGAGGAGGAAGUUCUUCCACCCCCUCCUUUGGAAGUUCAUGUAGCAGUGUGGAUGCACCACUGGAAAACAGCCAUGGACUCAAUAAGAGAAGAGGAAGAACGGAACAAGCGUUUAGAGGAAGAAAAGGCAGCAGCUGCUGCAGCUGCAGCAGCCGCAGAAGAAGCAGAAUAAAAUGUGGCAAAUAUGGCAUAGCUUAUCCUGUACAUUUUUUCACUAUGAACUUGUGCACUUGAAAAUAGCUAACACUUCUGUGCUGUAACAUAAAAUGUAAUUCUUGCUGUUAAUAUUUAAAUAGUAUGUUAAAUUGUUCAUAACUCUUCAAGUCUUGUAUAUACAUUCAGGAUAGCAGUGGAUUCAACUUAUAUAUAAAGUGAACUGUAGAUGUCUUAACAUCUGUACCAUGUUAAAAUUGGCUCGUGUACAAGUAUUUCUAGAACACGGGCUUUUUGAAUAAUUGAAACUGUUGCUGAAAGUUGUUUACAGCUAAAAUUGUUUACAGAUCUUUGGAAACAUCAUAUCAAAUUGCCACAGUUCUGCAGACAAAAAAUAAAUAAAUAAAUGAAAAGUAAGAAAAAAUUCAUUGUUUGUAUGCAAAAAUGCUGAUAAUCCAAUAUGCCUGACUGUGAUAGAUACAAAAAUUCUUUAUUCUUUCAACAAAGGUGAUAUUGAAUUUUCAUUAGUACUUGGAUGGCUGCUAUAUUCUACAAGCAGUGUAUAUAAUAUGUUCAUGAUACAGUGAAAUUAUGGAAAUAUCAGGAACAAAAUAGACAUACAUUGUACAUACAGAUAUACUAGUAAAUGAAAAUACUCCCCACAUUAAUCAUUAGUUUUAUUCAUUCAUAUGCAUGCCAGUUCAUUUACUUAUUGACCAUUCAUUAUUUUUAGAAGUACAUUUGUUUGAAUUGGACACAUCAAUAUCACUCUGACUUGAUGGUCUAGUGGACAGAGGACUCAUUGAAUUAA